UGCCAGACCGUGCCGUACUACGAUGAGCGGAUAAAAACCGAGUCCGCAUGGGCGAUCCUUCUCAAACACAUGCCUCCGGACAUGCGAGGCAAUAUUUUCUCACGACACGUGAAGGAUCACCCUGACGACGUCUCCCUGUGGCCUUCAUGGAAGCAAUUCGUCGCGCAAGACCACUCAGCGUGGAUGAGGAUCGUGGACGAUCAGACUAGCCCGGGGGCCCCGUUGGAUCUUGUGGGCGACUCGCGUCUCGGUGUACAUGAACGGGGGACCUACGUUCAGGAAGUCCUCUCGUUCGGCCGCUGCAUCAUAGUCCGCCAGGGGAGGAACGACAAAAAUAACAACAGGGCUUUCAGCGUGCGGUGUCAAGGCCAUGUGCGUAAGAUUCAUGGUGUCAUUGGAGGCACCGUCUCGCGGGACGUGACAUAUAUGUUUCUGCAACUCGAGCUGAAGACUUGGCUCGUUGUGGAGGUCAAUGGAAAGCGUCAAGAUGAAGGACUAAGGACAGUGUUUGAAGUGGUCAAGCGGGGAUGUAUACUUCUUGAGAACGUACCAUCAUUUUCUCCUCGUCGUACUGUGACUGUGAUGUACACUAGUAGCUCUUAAACAAAGCUUCACUAGGUCGUGGUGGAAAGACUCG